AUGACUUCUUGUACCGUUAUUACAAAAGGAUCGCUCAACAAACAAAUCAUGGGAAAAAAAGCCAUCGAUUCACGUAUACCUUCACUUAUUAGGAAUGGUGUCCAAGAGAAUCAGCGAAGCUUCUUUUUUAUUGUAGGCGACAAAGCCCGCAAUCAGUUGCCAAAUUUGCAUUAUUUGAUGAUGUCUGCAGACUUGAAGAUGAACAAAUCUGUUUUAUGGGCCUAUAAAAAGAAGCUUGCAGGUUUCACAUCACAUAGGAAGAAGAGAGAGACAAAGAUAAAGAAGGAUAUCAAGAGGGGUAUUAGAGAAGUGAAUGACCAAGACCCUUUCGAAGCAUUCAUUUCAAACCAAAAUAUUAGGUAUGUUUAUUACAAGGAGACCGAAAAAAUUUUAGGUAACACCUAUGGAAUGUGUAUCUUACAAGACUUCGAGGCGAUUACACCAAACCUACUUGCCAGGACAAUAGAAACAGUAGAAGGGGGCGGUUUAGUUGUAAUUUUAUUGAAGUCAAUGACCUCUUUGAAACAGCUUUAUACAAUGAGUAUGGACAUUCAUUCCAGAUAUAGAACUGAAGCUCAUAAUGACGUAGUUGCAAGAUUCAAUGAAAGAUUCUUGCUUUCGUUGGGAUCUUGUGAAACAUGUUUAGUGGUAGAUGAUGAGCUAAAUGUUUUGCCUAUAUCUGGUGGAAAGCAUGUCAAACCUUUGCCAGCAGCAGAUGACGACGUAAUGAGCUCGAAAGAACGCGAGUUAAGAGAAUUAAAGGAAAGUUUGGUUGAUGUUCAGCCUGCUGGCUCAUUGGUAGACUUAUCUAAGACUGUGAAUCAGGCUCAAGCAAUUUUAACAUUCAUAGAUGUGAUUUCAGAAAAGAGUCUCAGAAAUACUGUUACGCUCACUGCCGGUAGGGGUCGUGGUAAGUCAGCUGCAUUAGGGGUGGCUGUUGCUGCUGCUAUAUCCCACGGCUAUUCCAAUAUUUUCGUAACUUCACCUUCUCCUGAAAACUUGAAAACUUUGUUUGAAUUUAUUUUCAAAGGUUUUGAUGCUUUAGGAUAUACAGACCAUUUGGACUAUGAUAUUAUUCAGUCUAUGAAUCCAUCAUUUAAUAAAGCCAUUGUUAGGGUUGAUGUUAAAAGAGACCACCGCCAAACAAUUCAGUAUAUCUCUCCAAAUGAUAAUCAUGUCCUUGGUCAGGCGGAAUUACUUAUAAUUGACGAAGCUGCGGCUAUUCCCUUGCCCAUAGUCAAGAAAUUAAUGGGACCUUAUCUUGUAUUUAUGGCCUCAACUAUUAAUGGGUAUGAAGGAACAGGUAGAUCUUUGUCAAUUAAAUUGAUACAGCAAUUACGUGAUCAAUCAACCAUAAAUAGCAGCAAUGAUACAAGUAUUGUUUCCAGAGAUAACAAAUAUACAGAAUCUCUGAUGAUGAACAGGACUUUAAGGGAGGUUGUUUUAGAUGAACCAAUUAGAUAUAGCCCCGGAGAUCCAGUCGAAAGGUGGCUCAAUAAGUUACUAUGCUUAGACGUAUCAUUAUCUAAGAAUUCAAAAUUUGCAACCAAAGGUUGUCCUCACCCAUCGCAAUGUAAUUUAUUUUACAUUAAUAGGGAUACUUUGUUCUCCUACCAUCCUGUUUCGGAAGCUUUUUUACAAAAAAUGAUGGCCCUUUAUGUAGCAUCUCACUACAAAAACUCCCCGAAUGAUCUUCAGUUAAUGAGCGAUGCUCCAGCACAUCAACUUUUUGUCUUGUUACCACCAAUUGAGGAGAACGACAAUAGGAUACCUGAUCCUCUUUGUGUCGUUCAGAUAGCACUAGAAGGUGAAAUAUCAAAAGACAGCGUAAGAAAAUCACUUUCCCGUGGACAAAGAGCUGGCGGUGAUCUAAUCCCAUGGCUAGUGUCUCAGCAGUUCCAAGACGAAGAUUUUGCGUCAUUAUCUGGUGCAAGAGUAGUGAGAAUAGCUACUAACCCGGAGUAUAGUGGUAUGGGCUAUGGUUCCAGAGCAAUUGAACUUUUGAAAGAUUAUUAUCAAGGAAAGUUUACUGAUAUGAGCGAGUCAGCAAGCACGAAAGACUUUGAGUUGACCAGAAUUACAGAUGAGGAACUAGCUAAAGCAUCGUUAAAAGACGAAAUUAAUUUGAGAGAUGCUAGGACGUUACCACCGCUUCUUUUGAAACUAUCCGAGAAAGCUCCUUAUUUCUUACACUACUUGGGUGUCUCCUACGGAUUCACUUCUCAGUUGCAUAAAUUUUGGAAGAGAUCUGGAUUCACACCAGUAUACCUCAGACAAACACCAAACGAAUUGACAGGGGAACACACUGCAGUGAUUUUGCAUGUCUUAUCAGACCGUGAUGAUACCUGGUUAAAAGAAUUUGCUGGUGACUUCCAUAGAAGAUUCCUUCUGUUAUUGUCAUACGAAUUUAGAAAGUUCACAACCAUUCAGGCUUUAAACAUUAUCGAGUCAAUUGGAUUUGAAGAGGAUUCUAAUGUGAAAUUUGAAAGAGCUGAUUUGGAUCAAAUAUUAACCCCAUUUGACUUAAAAAGGUUGGACUCUUAUGCUAAUAAUCUCUUAGAUUAUCACGUCAUUCUUGACAUGAUCCCUAUUCUUUCUCAAUUGUAUUUUACCAAAAAGAUGGGUAGUGGAAUAAAUCUAUCAUCAGUGCAAUCGGCCAUCUUAUUAGGAAUUGGACUACAACACAAAAAUAUUGAGCAAGUUUCUUCUGAGCUCAACUUGCAGCAAAACCAAACGAUGGCAAUGUUCUCUAAAAUUGUCCGCAAGUUUUCUGGAUUUUUUAAAGAGAUAUUGAGUGAUUCAAUCGGAGAAUCAAUUUCUAUAGUGGACGAGAAUCGUGUUGAGAAUGACAUACUUGACAUUGAAGCUGCGAAUGACGAAUUGCAGCAAGAUUUGGAAGAAGCAGGUGAUGAUGCUUUGUCAGAAUUGAAGUUGAAACAAAAGGAGCUUAUAAAUGCAAUCAAUUUGGAUAAGUAUGCAAUCGCUGACGAUGCAGAAUGGGAGUCUGCAGAGAAAACUGCUGCAAGAGCCGCAUCUGGACAGGGUAUUGUUAGCGUUAAAAACAAGAACGUGAAAAGAAAGAAGGGAGAAAGUGCGUCGGAGAUUUAUGAGAAGGAAAUGAAGCUGGCGUCAAAAAAGUCUAAGAAGUCUAAGCGUUGA